CAGCCGGAGGGAGGCGGCGGACGGAGACUGAACCUCUGGGAAGAAGACCGUGAGCUUCGGGGCGAGCAAUGAUGGUGUGGGGACGAAGCCAGCCGUUCACAAAGUGUUGUUGCUGGUAGACACAGUCUGGGUGACGAGUGGGACGUUCAGGGGUCGCUGACACAUCUCGUUGUUGUCACCCCAAGACUUGUGCUCCAGCGGUUAUCCCUGCUCCGGCCAUCUUGGAAAUGGAGGGGUCCCAUAUUCACUGUGUUUCGUGCGUGAACCGGCGUUGCAUGGUCAAGCCAGAGCCAGGCACUUCCUGUGACCUCAUCACAUGCCCGCUGGUCUGCGGUGCCAUCUUCCAUGGCUGUAAGGCGGACGAACAUCGCCUGCUGUGCCCACUAGAGAGGGUGCCCUGCCUCAACCAUGGCAUCGGCUGCCCUUUCGUGCUGGCUCGCAGCAAGAUGGUGGAGCACCUGGAAGUGUGCCCUGCCGGUGUAGUGUGCUGCACCAUGGAGUGGAACAGGUGGCCGGUGCAUGAUGAGGAUUACCGCUCCUACGAGAGGCUGAGCCGGGACGCCGACGAGGAGGAGCAGUUGGACAUGGCCCUUGCCCUACAGGACCAGCGAACCAUGCUGGCCUCGCUCAAACUUGUCUCUCUGGCACCCACUAGUGGACCCGAGAGGAAGUUGCAAGCUCCGGAGCAAAGCAGGAAGCCCGGUGGGGUCGUGGAUUCUGCGGCUCCUGCCGAGCCGGCUGAGUACCCCGCGGACAGGGCGCCAGCGGCAUGCUGCUCAAAGGAGGAAACGGGCAAAGGGAUGAACGGAUUGGUUGAGGAGCAUUGUGGUGAACUUUACCAGACCACAGCAGAGGCAAACAAAAGCCUGACUGCAGCUCUCGACAUCCUCAUCCAGCUCAACGCCUCAGACGCGCAACGCACAGCUACUGAUGCGUUGCCAGCACAGACUGGAGUGAAUGGUGAGCUACAUAAAGAUUUGGCUACGAGAGAAGCUACCGACUCUAACUGCGCUAAAAUAGCCAAUGGAGUCGAUGGUUUAAAUGAAGAGUUACAGCCCCAGCGACAGCAAACCUUGAUGGAACUGGGAAGGAACUUGGCCACUGCCCUUGAAGCACUGGGUGAUGCUGUCAAAGGGCCCCAGCCAAUCAGCAGCCCUGCAAUUAACAACACAAACGGUGGCCUCCACCAGUCAGAUGAUGUAGAAUCCGCAGACGUUGAAAUGGUAGACGCUCCUUCCGAAGUGGAGGCUGAGCUUGGGGCAGUUGGACAAGUCAGUGAUGAAGGUAUGGACAUGUUUUGCGACUAUACUGGUGAAGAACUUUCUCAGGAGUCCUCGGGUCAACUUUUAAGGUUGUGCAGCAGUUGUCACAAUGCUGCAGCACCCAGAGCAGAGUCACAGGAGGGUGCUAGAGAGCUGGCGGUGGCAGGUAGCCAGGGUCCAGAGCCCAAUGGCUCUUUGGAGUUUGGUGGACCAUUAAUUCCCCAUAGACCACAGGUCAGACAUGUCUUAGCUCCUGUAGUAAUGCAGGAGGCAUCAGGGGCUCAAGCUCCGCUGCUACAGGCACCUGUCCACGCUCAGGCGCUGGUUGUCCCAGGGGACGGGGUGCUGCCAUCCGCGGCAUUGAACUUCGAUGACAGGGCCUUUGAGAGGAAACUCCAGAAUCUUCAGAUGCUGCGUAGCUUGAUGCCCCUCGCACUUAACAGACGAAAGGUGUGCUUCUCAGAUGCGCAGGCUGCCCCGCACAGAUCCCCUCGCUGCAAGAUGGAGGACAAAGCCGUGGACACGUCGGACCUGGAGCAGGAGCCGAGGGACGACCCGAUGGGCCUCGGCGAGAUCGACUUCACGGCCGCCGCGCUGCUCUUCUGCCUGGAGGAGUCGCCACGCGCCCGCCGGAUAUCAGACACCGUCUACGCCUUUGGAGGCUCGCGGGUGGAUUUCGGCACGCAGACCUUCAGCUUCCCUGCCGCCAUCCUGGCGACCAGCACGAUGGUCGGGGAGGUGGCGUCCGCCUCAGCGUGCGACCGCGCUGCGCCACGCCUCUCGCAGCCCAGCCCCUUCUGCACCCUGAGGCUGGACCUGACGCUGGAGCAGCUGGUGCCCCGGCCCAGCUGGGCGCCGCGCGAGGGCUCCAUGUUCACCUUCGAAUGCGGCCAGCUCUUCCGGCGGGAGGAGUUCCUCUCGCACUUCCGCAACGUGCACGGCGACAUCCACUCGGGCCUGAAUGGGUGGAUGGAGCACCGCUGUCCACUGGCCUACUAUGGCUGCACGUACUCACAGCGGCGGUUCUGCCCUUCUGCGAGGGGCGCCAAGGUCGUUCACGACCGCCGCCUCAGGUCGUUCGGGGUGCAGGCCGUCGCGGUGGCGCCCACGGAACCCGGGUGUGAUCGGCUGAGUGGGCUGCCCUUCGAGAUCCUGCAGCACGUGGCGCGGUUCCUGGACGGCUUCAGCCUGUGUCAGCUGUCCAUGGUGUCCCGCACCAUGAGGGACGUGUGCGCCAGCCUCCUGCAGACGCGUGGCAUGGUAGUGGUACAGUGGGAGAAGAAGCUGUACCCAGAUGGGCGCCGGAGCUGGCAAAUAAAAGACAAGGUGUGGCGGUUCAGCACGGCCUUCGCUCCGGUCGCCAGGUGGGAGUUCACGGACAUUUGCAGCAUGGCGGACCACCUCAAGCGCUGCCCGUACAACGAGGUCCAUCGGCAGGUGGAGGCAGUGCCACUGCCGUGCAUGUGCACGACGAGGGAGCUCACGCGCGACGGGCGCUCGCUCCGCUCUGUCCUCAAACCAGUAUUAUGAAAACACUUUUAACACCAGAGCAAAAACACUACCUUACCUAACCUCUUUAAUCAAUACUAUCCAUCACUGUGUACAUAAGACGAAAUAUUUUUGCUUUAACGUUAAGAUUUUUUUU